AUGGACGCCAAGACCGCCAUAGAGCGAAUUAUUGCCAAGAGGGGCCUGAAGCUGGGCGGCUCCAGAGCUGACGGUGGGCUCGAGAAGGGGAAGCGGGAGGGCGCUGCCCUGCGGAACUCCAUGGAGGCGGUGGCCACAGGCAAAGGCAGAAUGGCGGAGCCGGAGAGGAGCGAGCUCCUGCAGAAAAUACUUUUGCUUGAGAAAGAAAAAGAAAAAUACAACCAUCUUCUUGGAGAGAAGGACAGAGAAAUCCAAAACCUGAAAGACAAUCUUAGGUCCAAAACCAAGACUAGUGAAGUGUCUUUACUACAAAAUCAACUAGAAGAAAAAACAAAGGAAGCAGAAAGAAGAGAACAGUUACUUUGUUCUCUAUCAGAAGAAAUUAAUAGGUUAAAGUGUAAUUUAUCUGCAGUCAUGGCAAAAUGCUCUGAUCUUGAGAACGAAGCCAGUAGUACUUCUCAGGCAUCCCAGGAGGCUGCAACAAACAGCACUGAAAUGGAAAGACAAUUGAAAGAUGCUCUUGAGAAAAAUCAGCAGUGGCUACUGUAUGACCAGCAACGGGAAGCAUAUGUCAGGGGCCUGCUUGGAAGGAUCUUUGAACUUGAACAGAAGGCAGAAAUAGUUAGCCAGCAAGAAUCUAAAACAAAUUCAGAAGGUCAUCUACAAGAGGAAAAACAAGAAUUCUGUGACCAGCUGUUCCUAACUGCUAAGAGAGAUCCUGAGACUGAAAGACGCACCAUAACCCAGCUGAGAUCUGAACUUAAUGAACUUAAAAAGACAUAUCAAGAAACACAAGGGGAAAUGAUGAGUUUAAAUGCCUUACUGCAGUCACAACAGCUUGCUGAAAUGAAGACUCAAGAAAAUGAAAAUAAAAUGAAAGAGAAAGCACAAAGACUAAAACAGGAAAAUGAAACUCUCAAAGAACAGCUCAGAGAAGAAAAAGAAAAGUCUGAAGAUCUUUUAUGUCAGGUGCAGCUUCUUCGUAAAUCAUUGCUCAGACAGGAGGCAGAACACACAAGAAUAGCUUUGUUGGAACAACAGAUCCAGAUAUGUACCACAGACUUAGAGAAUGGGAAGCUUGAUCGCCACAACCUGAAGCUUGAGUUAAACCACGUUCUCAAGGAGCUGCGCAAGGCCAAGGAGAAAAUCACCCGUCUGGAACCCCUGAAACUCCGGGAAUCUGGACAUAUGGAAUCACAAGAAGAUUUGCCAGCUGUAUUUGACAAGAAGCUGACCACAUAUGACAGAAGUCCUCCCCUGAAACAUUCCAGCUGCCUUGAUGAAAGUUUUCUCGAGUGUCCCAGAUGUAAAGUGCUAUAUCCAACGAGCCAGCAUAGAGAAUUACUAGCACACAUUGACUUCUGUACAGCUUGA